CUCGGUGUCGGUGGUGCUGAAGUUUCGAUACAUUUAAUUAGAUUGAAGGUUUAAUAAACAAGUUUCUAUAGUUGGAAGUCCAUUUUGCAAACAACCGAUAGUUCGAGGGUUUUCUUGCAAAAUUGAUUAUCGUCGACUAAAAAUACCCUAAAAAAUCGAAACGCUUCUUCGACUUCGCCGCAGUGCGCUCAUCCUAUCGUAAUGGCGAGCAACAAUCCGUCGCAGCUUCUUCCAUCAGAGCUGAUAGACAGGUGCAUAGGGUCGAAGAUAAGGGUGAUAAUGAAAGGAGACAAGGAGCUCGUCGGGGUUCUCAAAGGCUUCGACGUUUACGUCAACAUGGUCCUUGAGGAUGUCACCGAGUAUGAGAUUACAUCAGAAGGAAGCCGUGUCACGAAGCUUGAUCAGAUUCUACUCAAUGGCAACAACAUCGCCAUUUUGGUGCCAGGUGGAGCUCCUGAAGACGUAGAAUGAGAUUUGAUUGUUAUGUUAAUGACUCGUCUUGUAACUUUGGUUUUUGAUAUAAAUCUUUUGUUCACAAGAUACUAGUUGAUAAUUUCUUAACUCAUAAUGACAAAUUGUUCAUUGUGAAAGAGGAGCUGAAGCUUUAUAUGUUUUUUUUUUAAUUAGACU